UGUAGUGACAUUAAUCGGAAUAAAAUUCUAAAUUAACUAUUCGUCUCAAGUUAUCCUAAAGUUUAAUAAAACAAUGACAAGUGUUGAGAGUUCUACCAUUGUUUUGCAUGAAGAAAGGAAACGAUUCGUUACUUCUCGUAGCGAAUAUGAUGUUGAUUUGUGGCGAGAAUUUAAGAAACGUUGGAUGGUGUUUGGCGUACUGGGUGCAGUAGCUCUGGCGGUGAUAUCUCCACGACUGGGCGCUCCCGGAGGCAACUACCCUGCAUGUUCACUCAUAGAUCAUUUUAGAAUGCAUAGCACCUCAUACAAACAUGUAAACUUCGUAUGGAAAUUGUGCGAUGUUGUGCGCUAUGGAAUUUAUACUACAUAACGGGACGUAGUACUGGAUUGCGCGGGGAAAAUGGCGUGCGUGAAAUUCGUGCGCGUUUGUACGCACUAUCUGUUCUGCACGCGCAAGUGAUCGCACCAGUAGUGGCCGCGGUGUCCGCACUUGCCUUGCGAGAUGCUAACCUCGAUAGACGACUACUUGAAGGUGCCUUGGUCGCUCGUUCCCGAGGACCCUGCGGCUGGUUGUCGCUUGCGCUAUGUUGCGACUCAUCACCAACAACACCAGUAUUGGCAGCCAUCAACUACGUCGUGUCUCUGCUCACCGCGCCGUUUGCAAUUUUAUUCUUUUGCGGUCGUACAGCAUUGCCUCCGUUGAGCGGUAUCGUGUGGACAGUGGUGACGACGGCAGCGCCUUUUCUGAUUGGUUGCUGGCGGUCGCAGCGCCUCUCGCCCCGCGCUCCCCGCACCAUCACUCGCUUGCUGGCUCUGCUUCUACUCUACAUCGACUGCAGCGCUCUCUUGCGGGACGCUGAAGGCAGUCUUUACAUCACCGAUGUUUUGGCGACUUUGUUUUUAGAGAUAAGCAGUGUGUCGCUAGCGGCUGCGGGCAGUUCGCUGUACGCGCACUACGGGUUGCUGCGACGCAGUGAGAGCCGUGCACUCGCACUUGCAGCUGUGCCUAAGGCGGUCGGGCUCGGUUGGGAGAUGAAGGUUUCUUGCAUGUCUUCGGGACUGGCACACCUUCCGACAGUGUUCCUGGCACCCACACAAGCACUGCUAAUGGCCGCGCUCUAUGGAACUGACAAGGAUGACCAGCCUGAAGAUGACUUAACCUUUGAAGAUUUACCGUUGCUUCGUGAAUGACUGAAAAAGAUUGUUAUAAUUUGAAUUUCAAUAAUU